AUGGUUGAACACAUCAUGAAAUUUAUCAAGGAUCUACAAAUAAAGGACGAUAGUAUAAAUACUUCGAAUGAUAAUGAACUAUCUCAUCAUCAUAAAGUGCCACGUGUCCUCGGUGAUCUCGAUUGGAAUGAUAUAACAGACAUGAUACAUAACCUGGAUUCACACACUGAAAUGAGUGACAAUGCUCGUCAAGAAGCUCAACAACAUAAACAAACAAUUUUAUCGAUACAAUCUAAUUUAGCUAAAGAAAAACGUAUUAUGCGUGCAUCGUACAAAGGCUAUUCAUUUCAUACAUAUGCAGCAAAACGAUUUCAACAAAAAGCAUCGAAUUAUAUUAAAACAACAGGCAUCUACAAUAUGAUCAAUGAAGUCGAUCGAACAAAUCCAGAAGUUAGUCAACAAUGUUUAAACAACAUUAUAAAAGAUAUUGAAAUGACAUUGAAUACGUUACUUGGUUCGAAAUUGAUUACGGAUCCUCAAUAUUUACUUAUGUAUCCGCAACUACGAUCAACUAUACGAUUAAAUUAUUUACAUUUCGUACCAGAUACGUGCAAGGACCACAAACCACUUCAACCUAUUAUCAUAUGCAAAAAUGGUCCAACCUGGAACCUCACAUUGUAUCUUAGUAAUAUCCUUUGGUCGAUGUUUAAUCAAAUAACAGGUUGUAGAAAAUUUUCGAGUGGCGAUGAUAUUGUCUAUACUUUGGAACAAUAUGUUAAAGAUGGUUAUCUUCUACGAACCACUCAAUUCGGAACGUUUAAUAUUAAUGAAAUUACCUUAAAAUUUUCUCAUGAAAUGGCUAUUAAAGCACUGGAAACGUUCCUUGGCCUUUACGGAUCUCAAUUACAAACAAUUAGUGAAGGCUUAACAAAUGAAACGAUUCUGCAACUAGUUCGUCUUGUUUUACGAAAUCAAUUUUUCAUUUAUGAAAACAAACUUUAUCAACAAGUUUAUGGCAGUGCUUCCGGAUCAUUGAUGACAAUUCCAUUGGUUUGUAUCUAUUUAUUCUUUGGUCAAUCAUCUUCAUUAGUACAAACAUUAAUGAAUAAGAAAAAAGAAGUAUUUGGCAGAUAUCGCGAUGACUUCAUUUUGACAUGGAAUAACUGGACAGGAAAACAUCAGUUGUUGUCGAAUGGAUUCAUAAUCAAUCAACAACAUCCGAAAAUUGCAUCGUUACCGAUUUCGAUUGGAACUACAAUACGUCUACUUGAUCUCGAAUUAGGACAUAAUCAUAAUGGUUGUCUGCUUACAAAAAUCUAUCGUGCUCCAAAGACAGAUGGAUUCGAAAUACCAAACAAAUUCGAUUAUGGCACAUCUGAACCGUCAAAUUUAUUAAAAUUAGCACUUCGACAUGCUGUAAAAUGCUGUUCACAUGAGAAAUAUUUUCAAUGUGAACGUACUCAUAUUGAAUUAUCUCAUUUAGUCCAUGGUUUUUCAGCUGAUUUUAUCGAUAAAUGCAUUGCAGAAUUUUAUAAUGAAUUCGGUAUUAAAACCAAUCGUGAUCAUCGAAACGAAAACAUACCCUAUGAUACUCUUCGACAACGUAUUCUCGACAAUUAUAAACAACAACUAAUAUUGAUGGAAGAACAAAAACAACAACAACGGCAACAAAAUAUCAUACGUGUUCCAUAUCCAAGCGAUUGGGAUGCACAAGUGCCGAUCAACAUGAAAAAUGAUGUUCUUAAUAUUUUGAAAUCUUGUUCGACGAAUAAAAAUGCAUUCGAUGAUAUGAAAUUCGAAUUCGUGCCACGUCCACAAACACCAUUGACUAUUAAUGAUUAUUUAGUUGAUAAACGACCACCGCUUUGUUUGUUAACAUUACCAAACGAUGCAUAG